GAGAGCGAGACGCCAAGAGCCGGAGCGGGGAGCGCAUAGCAACAGGGUGCAGGAUGAAGCAGCUCCGGCAGCAGCAUCUCCGCAAGCCAGUGACACCAGAUCUCCUGGUGAGCCCCAGCAGCCAGGAUGGGGACCUGGGCUCGGAGUGCCCAGAGGACAGAGGGAACUGGACGGGGCGCCUGGAUUUCCUGCUCUCCUGCAUCGGAUACUGCGUGGGCCUUGGAAACGUCUGGAGGUUCCCCUACAGGGCUUACACCAAUGGAGGAGGAGCUUUCUUAGUUCCUUACUUCAUCAUGCUGGCUAUCUGUGGGAUCCCCAUCUUCUUCAUGGAGCUGUCACUUGGCCAGUUCUCCAGCCUAGGGCCGCUUGCAGUGUGGAAGAUCAGCCCUCUCUUUAAAGGCGUUGGCAUGGGCACGAUCCUCAUCGUCUCCCUGGUGGCCAUUUACUACAAUAUGAUCAUUGCUUACGUUCUCUUCUACCUCUUUGCAUCCCUCACAAGCGACUUGCCCUGGCAGCACUGUGGCAACUGGUGGAACACUGACCUGUGCCUGGACCACCACGUCAUCAGGGCGGGGAACAGCUCCCUCCCCAUCAACAUCAGCAACACCGUCAGCCCCAGCGAGGAGUACUGGAGCCGGUAUGUCCUGCACAUCCAGGGAAGCUCGGGGAUUGGGGAUCCUGGGAGGAUCCGCUGGAACUUGUGUCUGUGCCUGCUCCUGUCUUGGACUAUUGUUUAUCUGUGCAUCCUUAAGGGAGUCAAAUCCUCUGGCAAGGUCGUGUACUUCACUGCCACCUUCCCAUACCUCAUCCUGGUGAUGCUGCUCAUUCGUGGUGUGACCCUGGAGGGGGCCUGGAAGGGGAUCCAGUUUUACCUCACACCCCAGUUUGAUCACUUGCUAUCUUCCAAGGUGUGGAUCGAGGCAGCCCUGCAGAUUUUCUACUCCCUUGGGGUGGGCUUUGGGGGCCUCCUCACCUUCGCCUCGUACAACACCUUCCAUCAGAAUAUCUACAGGGACACCUUCAUAGUGACCCUGGGCAAUGCCAUCACCAGCAUCCUGGCAGGGUUUGCCAUCUUCUCUGUUUUGGGAUACAUGUCCCAGGAGCUUGGGGUCCCUGUUAACCAGGUGGCAAAAGCAGGUCCUGGCCUGGCCUUUGUGGUGUACCCUCAGGCCAUGACAAUGCUCCCCCUUUCUCCAUUCUGGUCAUUCCUGUUCUUCUUCAUGCUGUUAACCUUGGGCCUGGACAGCCAGGUAAGGACAGAGCCCACGGAGCCAGGCGUGCACUCCAGGCAGCCUGAGGGCUCAGGGGACCCUCUCCUCCUGCAGUUUGCAUUCAUGGAGACCAUUGUCACAGCAGUGACUGAUGAGUUCCCCUACUACCUGCGGCCAAAGAAAGCUUCCUUCUCUGCCAUCAUCUGCAUCGCCCUCUUCCUCAUGGGGCUCAUCCUCACAACAGAGGGUGGGAUGUACUGGCUGGUCCUGCUGGAUGACUACAGUGCUGGCUUUGGUCUCAUGGUGGUGGUGAUCACCACCUGCCUUGUGGUGACACGUGUCUAUGGCAUGAAGAGGUUCUGCCGGGAUAUCCACAUGAUGCUGGGAUUCAAACCAGGCCCGUACUUCAGAGCUUGCUGGAUGGUCCUGUCCCCAGCAACGAUGAUGGCUCUGCUGGUGUAUAACAUUGUCAAGUACCAGCCUUCUGAGUAUGGCAACUACCAAUUCCCCACGUGGGCAGAGGCCCUGGGCAUCCUCAUGGGAGUGCUCUCCUGCCUGAUGAUUCCCAUGGGCAUGGUGGUGGCUGUGCUCCAGGAAGAAGGGACGCUGUGGGAGCGGGUGCAGCAGGCCAGCCGGCCGGCCAUGGGCUGGGGCCCGGCCCUGGAGGAGAACCGCAGCGGCGCCUACGUGGCCAGCCUGGCUGGCAGCCAGUCCCCCAAACCCCUGAUGGUCCACAUGAGGAAAUACGGGGGCAUCACCAGCUACGAGAACACGGCCAUCGAGGUGGACCGGGAGAUGGAGGAGGAGGACGAGGAGGAGUCCAUGAUUUGAGGGCGCCCAGCAUCCCGCAGGCUGGGUGGGAGCUCGCCUCCCAUUUUGCACAGGUUGCACUGCAGCACUUCAGGACAGCUUGGGGGGGUCCUUCAAGGAGUAGUCAGGAGCUGCUGGCCCUGCCAGGUUCCCCAUCACCACCCUGGCCCUGCCAGGACAGAGCUGCUGCCUGUCCUGGUGGCCCUGCUGUGUUUCUGUUCAGUGUGACAAACUGUGUGAUGAGUCCAUGUGUUUGUGUGACAGUGUCUGGUUGAAGUGUCACGGCUGUCCCACUCCCACCCGCAGCCCCAGCCCUGCUGUCCCCUCUCAGGGUUGCCCAGGGUGGAGGGAUGUCCAGCUGCAGGAGGUGGGGAGGAGGAGAAGGAGCUCCUGUGUAUUGAUCUGUUCUCUGUCUGUCUGUAUUUGACUCCAAUAACCCAUAAACACAUGUGAGAGAAUCUGUAACAGCCUCCAUGCCCAGAGGACAACUUGUGCCAGAGUGCUCUGAUCCCACAGAGGUAUUUCAGCAAAACCAGCACAAAUCAGUGUCCUCCUAAAGCAAUUUGACCUAAUAAAUGAGCAGUUAUAAACAAGCAGAAGAAUAAAAGAAAAGGCUUUAUAAACAAACCAG